AUGAAUAUCUUCAGAAGCCGCAAAGUCUGGCACGAUCCUAACGCGGCGGAGGUCGUCAAGAUCUCAGAGGGUCAGUUGUUUCUCGUCCGCACCGAGACUGUGCGUGGAGGCAGGGAAUGCAUUUACAAUGACGCCAUGGCCACGAUCCGGAGGGUUCCUUCCAUGGAGCACACCUUCCAGCUUGUAAUCACCCGCGUAUAUGAGGAUGGGAAUGAGGAGUUGCUGGAGGAUGAGGAGGAAACGGACGAGGAGCGUGUAUUCUUGAUCUGUGAGGAGCUCGAAUUCCGCACUGGGACCACCUCCGACAAUGAGCCCACUUUCGUAUGGCGCGAUCUGCAGGGAGAUGUCGACGAACUGUACGAAUUCGUGGCCAACGGGACGAACGAGCCGACCCGGGCCUUCUUCGAGACAUGCAUGUAUCGCGCGAUGUACGAGCGUAAAUAUCGUAGGAGCGCGGACAACACCCAGGACUCUGAUCUGCAAGAGUUCAUCUGGCAGCCCCCCGCAGCAAAGAAGCCGAAGACAAAGGGGUCCCGCAAGGCGACCGGCUCCCAGUCCGAAUCAGCGCCUGCGGAGAUUGUCGCCACUGGUUCCUCCAGUCCACAGCAGAGUCCCAAGGGCAAGAAAGCUGUGCCGCGAGAGCCGGAACCUGAGAUGCCGUCACUAUUCGCAGGGCCUGGCGAGCUUUUCUUGUGGGACAAGGAGCAUGCACAGUUUGAGAAGCAGGCCGAUGUCGUCGCGCGGGUGGCGCAACAUCCUACGGGAGGACCGUACGACUACUGGCUGGUGGCGUCGGCGGACGAGGGCCAGCUACUCGCUCACCGGGUCUCGUCGGACAUGAACCAGCGGUUGGCACCCAGGGUGCUGUCGUUCACGUGGAACUACAUCGACGAGUCUGGCGCCGCGAACAGCUGGUGCCUGCGCUUCGACACGCAGGAUGUGUUUGAGGAGUUCCAGCGCGCAUUCAGUCAAGCGCUAUGGGAAGGUUUGAACCAGCUCCCUUGGGGUAAGGCGAAGUACGAGGACCAGGCUUAUGUCAUGUCUUCGAUAAAUGAAGACGUUGAGAUGAAAGACGCAGAAGAUGAGGAAGACGAGGAAGACGCUGUCGCUGAGGAACUGGAUAAGAGCGACGACGACGAAGAGGAAGACUACCCCGAAGACGAUGACGAUGUCCCGGCUAUGCCCAAGGGUCGCAACAAACAACUCACGGUUGGAUAUAAGGGCGACAGAUCGUAUGUUGUGCGUGACGACAAGAUUGGAGUCUUCAGCCAUACAGGGCAGAACCAAGUCAAAUACUACGCUUCGAUCAGCAAUGUUUCUACACCACAGGGCAAGGUCUUUAGUCCUAAGCACGUGAUGCUGCACGAUCAAGACACCAAGAUGAUCCUCAUGAAUCCCAAUCAACCUCACUCGUUGUACAAUCUCGAUAUCGAGCGUGGCAAGGUCGUGGAGGAGUGGAAGGUUCACGAUGACAUUACCGUCGACCACAUCGCUCCGGACAACAAGUAUGCGCAGAUGACGCCCGAGCAGACUGUCGUCGGUAUCUCGCACAACGCCCUCUUCCGUAUCGACCCCCGUGUGUCCGGAACGAAGAUGGUGGACAGCCAGUACAAGCAAUACGUCUCUAAGAACAAGUUCUCCGGCGUGGCGACCACCGAGAGCGGCAAGCUCGCCGUCGCGAGCGAGAAGGGGGAGAUCCGUCUCUUUGAUUCAAUUGGCAAGAACGCCAAGACGGCGUUGCCACCGCUCGGUGACCCCAUCAUUGGCAUCGACGUUACUGCCGACGGCCGCUGGAUCGUCGCAACAACGAAGACGUAUCUGCUCCUCAUCGACACGCUCAUCGGCGAGGGACGCUACACUGGCCAGCUCGGGUUCGACCGGAGCUUCCCCGCGACUGCCAAGCCGAUUCCGCGGAGGCUGCAGCUCCGCGCGGAACACGUCGCGUACAUGGGCCACAGCGUCUCGUUUACGCCAGCGAGGUUCAAUAUGGGCGAGGGCAAGGACGAGAACGCGAUCGUGACUUCGACCGGAGAGUACGUCGUCGCCUGGGACUUCGCCAAGGUGAAGAAGGGCCAGCUCGACAAGUACGAGAUCAAGAAGUACGACCAGUUUGUCGUGCAAGACAGCUUCAAGUUUGGCGACGACAAGGAGAUCAUCGUCGCUCUGCAGAACGACGUGCUCGCGAUCAACAAGAAGAACCUCAAGCGGCCGACGAGGGCGUCCCUUGCGCCCGGUGCAGGCCGCACGCGCUCGAGCAUUGUCAACAGUCCGUACUGA